ACCAGCUUUAUGCAGUCUACUACGAAGUCAAGAAGGGCAAUGUUAGAUAAUAUGUUUAUACCAGUACACAUAUCUAGCAGCCAACAGCAUGCUUAGGAUGAGAUGAGAGGGUAGACUUCAUAAGAAGAGCUUCGAGCUCCUGGUUUUCCUGUCGUAGACGAGCAAUCUCAGCAUGAGGAUCGAGAUAGGCCGUAAGUGCUCCAGGUUGCUCGACAGAUUGUAAAGGUUCCUCUAAACCCUUCGAGCCUACUCUGUCCACCAACCAGCUAGGCUUCGAUGCACGAGAUACAUAGGACUGUUGUUCAGGUUGAUGAUAUGCAGUCUUCGUGAGCAUGCUCAAGCGAGGACCUUGUUGUUCACAAAGCCACUCAGCUGCAUACAUGCAAUCAUUGUUCUGCUACGUACCUGUGAUGCAUACUGUCUCGUCUUGCUUGACGACAACUGAACCUGAACAGCGAUCUCCAGCAUAGUUCAAACGUGCAGCCUUGGAGCUCGGAGUAAAGUCAUUGGUGUCUUCUAUCUUCACACGCUUUGAUGUCGUCUUUGUAGGUGUGUGAGGGAAGUCCUCAAGACUUCGGACAAACUAUUAUCCCAUGAGAGUUCACAUACUCAGCGCCCUUGUCAUUCACCUCCUGAGUAGCAUGUUGGAACAGCGAUGACCAAAGAAGUGAUAGACUGGAUCGCUGCUGAGGGUUGUGUUUACUUCUAUGUGGGCAGUUGGAAAGACUGUUGGGGCAUUGGUAAAUGUUUGUGUCGGUGAUCGUCUGUCCUAUCGACAUGUUGUUUCCGAGCAGCACUGGAGCUGAAUGCAGCGGCAGAACUCGCCAUGUUCACUCACCAUACCCACACCAUGGACCUGACAGUCCUGUUGCUCAAGGUGGAUUGCACCAAAGCACAGCCGAUGAGGCUCGUUACUCUGCACCUGUAGCUCACCCGCCGCCAACACCACAGAUGAAUGCAUGGCAGCCCACACUUCUGGGUGACACAAGCUUUUCAUCUAACAGAUUGUCUUUUUCUCAAGAGUCCUUACAUCACACUUUGUCGCCAUUCAAUGUAUCGCAUACCCACCCUUCAAACAGCUUUGUACCUCAACCACACUAUACAUCCCCAUCUGGGAUUGACCCUGCACAGACAUACUUCAUUGACCAACUUAUUAGUCAAGUAAAGAUUGGCAGUUCUGCAAAGUGCCAGCUUUUCCAUGAAGUUGCCAACAGUUCCAUGGACAAACAAGUCAUUGCAGCUUUGGCGCACUCUAUGGCUAUGUGCGAAGAAGUCGACGCUUUGGCAAAUAAGGUGGUAGAGCAAAAUCAGACGUUAGAGAAGAUCCUCCAGUAUUGUUGUGAGGACUGGAAGCUAGAUGCUACGCAGGAUAGCCUCAUCAAUGCUACAUUGCGUCACUUCUUGAUCCAGCCUGCCGAGGACUAUGGUCUGGUCGCAGUUCCAUGAGUUAUGGUGCGUCAACCUUGUCCACUCUUGAUUUGUGUUACAUCUGGACAUAUCCUGCAAAGGCAUAUAUCAAAAAGCGAGAAAAUGCUGUCAAGUUCCACUUGGAAGAUGUGAUUGGUGACUCCAUUGCCGAGACAAAGAUCCUCAAGGUUAUCGAGAAGAAGGAGCUCCCGGCAUGUGGAAACUUCAAGAAACUGGUAUGGCAUGCUGUGGAGAAGCAACAGUCGCUUGAUUGCUGGAUAACUGAUGUCAUUGCACAUUGGAACUACGGGCCUGAACCAUGAGCCAGCACAUGGCGCUUAAUUAUGGCACAUUUGGCGUUUGCGGUGUGUAUCUCAGUCUCUAUACAUCAGCAAGCUGAACAGUCCUUCUACAGCGUAGUAUUGCUGAGCCUAUCGUGGCGGAAAAAUGUCCGACUGGGGCUGACAGCGGCUUCUGGAAGGUUUUGCGAAAAGAGAUGAAGUUGCUUCAUAGCAAGAAGAAGCUGGGUCCUAACCAUGAAAGCGAGAAGUGGCUGGAGUGCGUUCUUUCACCUGCUCAUGGUACAUCCUCAGCCGCUGACAUCAUGGACUUGGACAAUAGAUGGCAGGAGGCAGUCAUUGUAGCAGAUGAAGCCAAGUAUGGCCAAGGUUUUACUGGUCAUUCUAUCACCUCCAACGACGACGCAGAUGAGAACAAUGAUAAUACAGAGCAGCGAGACAGUACUAAUGAUUCUGAUGACCCUUUCUUGCAGGUGCAUGCCUUCUAUUCACAUAAUGCUGAGCAGAUGAAUACCUCGUAGUAACUUUAUUUGAUAUAUAUGCAAAUGCUACAUCUACAUUGGUGAAAUUUGAAACAGAAAGCUUCUGCUUGCCCUGUCCAAAGCUACUGUGCGAGGUUACACUUGAGUUGUG